GAAACGAAUCGUGGAAAAGAGAAACGAAAAUGAAAGUGAAAGAUUUUGCAAAGACUAUAGCGAGACUGUCGGCCUGUUGAAUGGCCGAAAAGAGAUCACGCGGUAUUAGAGAGAACUAGAGUGAUCAGAGGUCGCGACCAUUGGUGGCGAUGUCCAGGAAGAGGUCCUUCAGCUGGACACAGGAGCACGCAGGAAAAAGGAUCGCAGAGUAGUCUAGAGGCAGGGCUACUAUGACUGACUAUUUGGAUCCGCAUUUCGUCAGGGCUCUCUGCCGCGAUCCGGAACGACGAACACUUCAAGAUCUGCAGAUCAUAUAUUAUGGUCUGCUGGGUCUGGAAGCGUUACGUCCGUGCAGAGAUUCCAUUCUCCGUGGGCUUUGCAAAAUUGUACGAUAUGAAAGGCACCAUGCGAACCAUGUUCUUUACUAG